UAGAGUUUUGACGUAUGGUAUGCACAUUUUACAAAGUUCCCAAAGUUUUAUAUGGUCGAAUGUGAUAAGCAAAACAAUCUAGGCUCUGUAAGGAUAUAAUGAGAUGGUAGAAAAUAUAGUUCACAGUAGUGCGUUUUUUCCACCUUUAAGGAUUAUUCAGAAGCUACUCAAGUGUAUCUUUUACAAUCUCCAAAGUGCUUCUCCAAUAAUGAUGAUGUAUGUUACAUAAUUUACAUUGUUAGGAGUAUUUGGUCAGUAUAUGAACUCUUCCUUUAUGUAAGUUUUUUAAUCCAAUUAAAACCUGUUUUAAAUGUUUUGGUUGGACAAACUGUGAUGGCUAUUACUGAAAAAAAACUGUAACAAAGCUCAUCCUGCUUGUUCUUUUGUUAUAUUGCCUACUGGGUUUGGUACCUGGCUGCCCAUCAUUUUAUAAUUUAGAAGUGUUUUGAAUGACAAGGUGAAAGAGAUGCAGGGUGUUCACCAUUUGUUUGCGGGGGCGGAUGUAUGUAGAAGGUUAGAGGUGCAGUUGCAACCCUAACAAAAGAAAUUUUAGCUGAAAUUUUAGUCUUUUAAGUCCUUAUAUCAAGUUGAAAUUUUAGUUUUUUAAGUCCUUAUAUCAAGUUGAAAUUUUAGCUUUUCUUUAGUCGUUAUAAGUUUUAGGAUAUUUGCACCCUGACUUUUGCUUAUAUAAUGCCUACCAAUUAGCUACCCAUUUAAGUAUGUAGAUUUAGUUCUUUAUCAACCAGAAACUCAUAAAAUCUAUUCUCUGUGUCUGAUAAGUCUCCCAAUCAAGACUCAAGAGACUUUUUUUUUCAAAACUUCUAUGCCUUAAAAUCUGAUUCUCCUAUUUCAAAUUUUCUGUCUCCAAACCUCUCUUCCUCUCAAGUUUCCUUUUCCGUGAGGUUGUGCCCCAAUUCUCUGGAUAGAGAGGCGCUUGAAGUUGCUUCUAGAAGCAUCUCAUUGAAGUUCAUCAAGCAAUGAGUUAUUAUUCUUGACCAAGCCUCUCACAGAAGUUUUCUACUCGUCCAAGCUUCUUGUCAAGAUCUUAUUCUUGUUGAAUUCUUGCUCUUUUCAAACUCUGAGUUCUUGCAUUUUAGGUGAUUUUUAGUUUUUUUUAUUGUUUUGGUUAAAUAGUUGAUUUUGUUUGGUUAAAAGAUUCAUUACUUUCAAUUAUUCACAUGUUUUCUCUUAUGAACACACUUCAAAAAGUUAAAUUCAUCAAGAAUGCAAAUAAAUUUUAUCAAUUACUUGGUGCAUAUCAAUUGUUUGUUAUAUAAAUUCGAUUUGAUGUGUAUGUUAUAUAACGAAUAUGUUAGAAUGCAAUUGCAAUACUGUACUUUGUAAGAUACUUUUAACUAUCAAAUAGUCAUUCUUUUGAAUUCAUUAGCAUAAGUGAGCCAUUAGUGAAGAUACUCACUUUGUUUAUCUAUGACAUUACAGACCAAAAAAGAUGCAUGUAGCUGAUAAAGUGCACUAAAUUGCAUUUCCAUCACGUGUUAUAGUUUUAUAAUAUUAUAUUUUUUAUAUUUAGGUAAAAAGUUAUUUGUUGUUUGCUCCCCAAGAAAGUUUUCCUCGCCGCUGUUUGCUUGAUGUGUUAUGCUUGUCAUUUAGGAGUUGGCAUGUGAUUUUUGUUCAUCUUUCUUUGCCUAUGGAUGCUACAAAAAUUAUACUUUCAAGGAGAAAGGGAUAUGGUGGAUUCAAAUAUUGUGAUUCCACUACAAAGAUGACUUAAAUAUAGGCAUAGUUGAUGAAGAUGUCUUCUCAGGGUUUGGACAUAUCCUAAUCUUCAUAUAAUAAUGAGAGAAUUCCAACUUUUUCCCUCAUAUCGAUGGGUACUUUUUUAAUUAUUUCUUAUUUGCGAAGAUUAAAGGUCAUGCUUAUUGUGCUAAAUAUUGAUCUGUACUUUGUGAUUUAUGUUUGUGAAGUGCCUCUACAAUGAGUGGAGAGGUAUUUUGGGAUGGAGGUUUGAUCUACAUGCAUUCUUGGCAAAAUCAUGGAAGGAACAAAAAUCAAUUUCAUUCAGAUCUGUUCCCUUUGUUCUUGUGGAAGCUACUCAGAGGCCUAGCUCAGGGUUUGUUAAUGUUUCUUUGGAGGGUUCUGCUCACCCACUCCCUCUCACUACUGUUUAUCAUCAGUUACACCCUGUGCAACCUACAGCUUAUACAUUUUUCCAGGUCAUCUUUGGUAAUGGGUACCCCGUUGCACUACUGGAUGAAGAAAAGAUUCUUCCAGUUGGAAAGGAGAUCACUGCAGUUGGCAUUUGCAGAAUAUUUGAAGGAUCUCUUGAAAUCAGAUCAUGUCCGGAUCUUCCAUGUUUUUUGUAAGAUUUAUAUGGGAAAUUGUUUUCUCCAUUUGUUCUCUGGCAUAAGUGAUAAUCAUUCUGAUUAAUCUUAUUCACCAUGUUGACUUGUGCUAUUCAUUAAAAUACUAAAGUUGGUUAAGUUCUUUGAUACUUUCCAUACUAACUCAGUGUACUCUAU